AUGAUGAAUCGAAGGAGUUGCCUCGGAAACAGCGUCAGCAUGAAUCUUCCAGUAAAGCCAAUCGACAGCUGGUCAAGAGGAAUCCGCAGUCCUCGGAAACAGCGUCAGCAUGAAUCUUCCAGUAAAGCCAAUCGACAGCUGGUCAAGAGAAAUUCGCCGUUGCUCGGAAACAGCGUCAGCAUGAAUCUUCCAGUAAAGCCAAUCGACAGCUGGUCAAGAGGAAUCCGCCGUCUUCUAUGA